AUUUAUUGUAGCAACGGCCGAUAUCCUAACAGCAAAUCAAUAGGCUAUAUUUACAUAUUUCACCAUUCAGUGUCACAGUAAACCGAAGUUCUCAUUUAUUUUACUUAGGACUGUCAAGGAUUUAAAACUGUAACAGACAUGAGUCGAUACCGACAAAGCAACCCUAUAACACCGAACUUCCUGUACGGAGGUUCGGUCAACACGGUCUCAACAAAGGGCCGCCGAGUGGUGGAUGGACUCCCGCACAUCUGCGCAGACGGUCACAACCACGCGACGGAAGCGGAAGUAUCUCAGUGUAUCGACGCGCACAAAGUGUACGUCUGCUCGUCCAAUCACAUGCAUACGGAGCACGGAGACGCCGAGAGAUGCGAUCAAAUCAAAAGGGAGGAGGAGUUACUCAGGGACAAGGAGUUACAAAGGAAGCACGAGCGAGAGAUGAUGGACAAGCAAAUUAAGAUGGCCGAUAAUCUCAGGGCGAUGGGCUGGAAUUUCAAGGUACACGGCAUGCCACAGCUUGCGUGGAAAGAAAGUUGAUCCAUUUCCGUUGCAUCUGACCUGAUGUAUUUCGCUCAUGACGUCAUAUCCCGUUACACUGUCAUGGCAACCAUUUAACUUCGUUUUACUUAGUAACUAUUCAUGAUAGAUUCAACGUCGUGUACUCAUUAUUGUAAAGUUUCUUUUUUCAAUGUUUAUUCGUUUUUAUGAUAACGUAAAAAUUAAGAUUAAAAUUGCAUAUAAAGAUAAAUAUUUUGAAACAAUUUAUUGUUCAAGUAUGCAUUCGUUUUCUUUAUUAUUAAUGUAUAAUAAGUUACUAAUACAAUUAGUUUGGCUCGUAUAGAUUAUAAAAAAUCAACUUUUAAUACUAGCACUGCUUCUUAAAACUUAAACUAUCAGUUCAACGGGAAUACGCACUCACUUUACAACGUGUUUUUGUACAUUAAUAAGAAUGUAAAAAGUCUAUCAGUAGACAAUACUUGCAUUUAAUUCCAUAUUUAUCAUCGUAUAUAAUAUAUAUAGCUUUCAUAUUGAUGAAUGUAGAUCAAGGUGCGAACACAAUAACUAAAAAUAAAAGAUAACCGUAAUAGUGACUGUAUGGUCCCGAAUUCUCGAAAAAAAAGUACGUUUUCGAUGAAGUUUGUUAUGUUUAAGUUAGGAAAAAAUCAUUUUUAUUACAUGUCAAAUUUUGAAUAAAAAAUUAUACGCCAUUGGAACAAUAUAUAUGCUGUUUUGUACAACGCCGUGAACUUCUUUGAAUUAUAUUCAAUGCGGUUGAUUGUUUGUGUUUUUAUUUUGCUAAUAUGUUUCUGUUCAAUAUUUUAAAGUGCCAAGUUAAAUGCCGAUAUUACCUGUACAUUGCUAUUGCAUUCAACGUUUCAUUGUGUGUUUAUUUCCGAAAUCAAAUUGUUUUAGGCAGCAUACCGGUGUAUUAAUAUUCAGGUUAAAUAUUUUAAUAAAGUGACGCAUUUUUUGUAAAAUAUGUAAACAUUACACUUUCACGAAAUCAGCGGUGCUAACGCACCGAAUCUCAUUAAACAAUUCUAGCACAUCUAUAUUUUUUUACAUCAGUUAAAAGCCACACACCUAAUUUGGCAUAGUAAAUUUAAGUAUAAAUAAGAAACAUAUUUUAUCUAUGCCAAUUAGAAUAUAUCUGGUGGUUGCAAGGUAGAAAUUCGUUUUGUAUGCGCUUUAAAACGUUCAUCGAAAAGGACGAAUACGUCUAGAAAUCCUACUUUCGGUUUUAAAAGCGGUACCGUUUGAAAAAUAAUAAAUUACUUGCUAACUAGGCUAUAGCUAUAGAUCUAAUUUUAUCUAUGCCAAUUAGAAUAUAUCUGGUGGUUACAAGGUAGAAAUCCAUCUUUUUUGCGCUUUAAAACUUAAAAAUAAUCGCGUUUGUCGAAAUAGAAGUAUACGUCUAGAAAUCCUACUUUCGGGUUUAAAAGCGGUACCGUUUGAAAAAUAAUAAAUUAAUUGCUUAGAAGUCUAUAUAAUUAAUGACAAUUUUGAACACUUUCAAAUUGCAUCUAUAUGUACUGAUAAACAUUUAUUUCAUUUCAAAGUCAGAGGCAAGGUGUGUGGCUUUAAAAGUUAUUUUCUUUGUUUACAUGUUUUAAUGUAUAUAAUAAUACGUGUACAUGUUUAACGAGUCAAAUAUAGUUAUACAUUAUGUUUAUAUUUAGAUGACAAUAAAUUAUCUUCCACUCUU